AUGGUUCUUGUCGCAUGUGGCACCGCCGUACCGAUCACUGUCUCCCUCCUUCUAGCGCCCUCCCUCUUCUUCCCCGUAUGUCUAUCGACUAACGCAGUAGCUCCCGUGGACGUCCUACGUAGCCGUGACAACCCUUCGCUCCAAGCGUCUCGGGCACCCACAAUCGAUCCAACCGCAGUGCCCUAUUCCAGUCUCGAAGCCACAGCAGCCUCGUUGCACGCUACAAGUGCCCAUUUCGAUCGCGAUAAUGGGUCUCAAGAUCCGGUUGUGUCGGUCGAGACGGCUGCCGAUGUCUCCAUUGAGCAAGUCGAAGACCAUUUGCAUCUUGUUGAGCAGCUCGGGCGCUCGGUGGACAAAAGUGUGCAAGCAAUGGGCACGACGAACGAGAUACUUAAGUACACGCGAGUCCAACUCGAAGAGAGACGGCAGGUCCGAGAUGACCUGGUGACGGUGCAAUCGAACCUGAAACGAUUGGCUCGAGGACUCAAUCGCACGUUGUUCGAGCUCGAGCGGGUCGAGCAAGAGGAAGCGAUGCAGUCAAAGAAGCUCCAGGACGUGUUGGCAGUGCAAGAAGAAGAAGAGCGCGAGCAGCAACUGGAAAAAGACGGGAUCAAAGACAUGGACUAUGAGACGGGACAUUUGAAACACACGACAGGACUGAACACGGAACAGCUCAAGAAGUUGGAAGCGGUCGAGAAGAUGGCAGAUCCAGCCGUGUUGCACUAUGAUAUGGAGCUGUUGGCACAAAUCGCAGUGUUGCUUGGUGGAUCUGCGAUUGGAGGGAUCGUGGCCACGUACUUUAAUGUACCUCCGCAUGCUGGGUAUCUGCUGGGUGGAGCGCUCGUGGGACCGUCGUGUUUGGGAGUCGUCCGACGGUAUAAGGAAGUAGAAACGAUCUCGCUUUUCGGGUCAGUGUUCUUGCUUUUUGGACACGGGGCCGCAUAUUCGCCGCAAGAGCCAGAAGACAUUUUCAGAAAGUAUUUCGUCGGUGGUGUGGCGUAUAUCGUGUCCACGGUGGUGCUAGUUGCUGGAGUGGCGGUUCACAUUGGAUGGACGAGUUCGUUCAUCGAAGGGCUGAUCAUCGGUCUAGGCGUCUGCUUCUCGACAACCGCUCCUCUGUACGAGCACAUUCGAGAAAACAAGAUUCAGGACUCAUCUUUCGGCCGGACGGUGACAUCCAUUAUUGCGAUUCAAGACAUACUGAUGAGCUUUGCUCUCGGCACUCCUGAAUGGUUCUCCGUGCGUUCCGUCAAAUGGAUCGGUGUGGCCAUGGUACGGACUGUAGUGGCAUACGCUGUGGUCGUGAGCAUGACGCUUUACCUGCACCGACACGUGGUGCCAAAACUACUCCAUUUUCUGACAGCGAUGGAAGAAGUGCAUAACUCGCCGCUGGUUCUUCUUGGAGUAGUGUCUGUAUGCCUGUUUAUGGCAGUCUUCUCCGAGAUGAUUGGACUUUCGCUCGAGUGCGGGGCUUUCAUGGCUGGACUGGCUUUUGUGCACGUGUCUGGCAGAGCAAAGGGGGCCUUCAUGUCGAUGCGUGUAAUGGAGAAUCUCUUCGGUAGCAUGUUCUUUGCUUGCGUCGGCAUGAUCUUGAACCCGACGUUCUUGCUCUGGAACGCUGGCGAGGUCUUGUCCAUGGUGCUACUGAUUGUGUGUAUCAAGACAGUGUCCAUGACUGGCGUGAUGACAUUCUUCCGAAUCAAUGCACGAAAGGCACUGAUGGCUGCUGUGGGUCUCUGUCAGAUUGGCGAGCUGGCGCUCAUUUUCAUGAUCAAGGCUCACGCCUCUGAGCUUGUGUCCCGCCGAACUUACUUGCUGUUCGUGAAUGCGAUCUCGGUCUUCCUAGCAUGCUCAUCUAUCUUCAAUCGGAGAGUCGUUCUUGCUCGUCGGAGGUCACACUGCACAUUGCCUUCGACGAUUCGAGACAAUCCAGUAAGUCGGCAUUGGGCUUUCCGCGACGCUGACGACCUUCACGCUGCAGGAUCGAGUGCUGUGUGCACGGAUUCAAGUGGAGAAGAGAAGGCAGGUCCUCUGCCGUCCAUGGCGCGGCGACAACAUCUAGAAUCUGUCGAUCACUAG